UUUGUAGGAAUAUAAGCAAACCUUUAUUGCUUUACAACUUAACAUAUCAAUUAAAUAAUGGAGCAAUAAAAAGCGAGGGAAUAUUGUCGAUAAAUCCCCAAAUAAGUGUUUUGUCAACUGGCCGUGCUUUUAGAUGGCUAUUAUUGUUGUGAAUGAAAAAGAAAAUGAGGAAGCUGUAUUAAAAACAGAUGUUUAUUUACCGUUCCGUGUUUUCGUCAAUUCUCAAAUUAAUAAUAUCAAAAAUAAGUGAUUAUAUAUACAUUUCUUACAAAUAUAUAAGUCGCAGAUCUUAUUGGCUUAGUCCAUCUUAAAACAACAUCCAAAAAAUGAGUAAUUCUGCACUAGCUACGUUAACCGCACAGUAUACAGAUUCUGAAAAUGAAGAAGAUCAUCAUCAAUCGCCGGAUUCACAGAAUUCGCAAGCAUCACAGGCUAUCAUUCCUUCCAUUAAAUGCACUCCACAACCAAGCCCAGAAAACAAACUUAAAGAUAGUUUUGAUAAUCCAGAGGUUAAGAACAGUAAAAAAAAAUUGAAAUCUGUAAAACGUUUAGUGAGUUAUCAUGACGAUACCAUUAUAACCGAUGAGGACAGCACAGAAGAAGAAGGUGAAAAAGGCGAUGAAGUAAGCCCACAGUCCUCGGUCAAUUCAGACAAUGCAAGCCCUUUGAAAACUGUGGAUAAAUCAGGGGCGCAACAUAAAGAAGAGCCUGCUACCCAAACCUGCCAUGACGCAGACCAUUCGUGUUUACAGAAAGACGGUAUUACCUCUGAAACUGUUUUAAAAUCCGAUAAAUACGCAAAGUACGCUUUUUCAUUGCCUCCGGAGGCUAAGAGCAAACCUCUGCCUGAAUUAACAGAAAAGGUUAAACAUUUAUAUGAGAAAAUGGAAACUAGUAAUAUGGACAUGAAUUGUGUGAUACAACAGCGCAAAGAGUUUCGUAAUCCAAGUAUAUACGAAAAAUUAAUACAGUUCUGUGACAUCAAUGAGUUUGGUACUAAUUAUCCGCCUGAAGUUUAUGAUCCUUUGCGUUGGGGCCCGGAAAGCUAUUACGAAGAAUUGGACAGAAUGCAACGGGUUGAAAUGACGAAACGGCAAAAGGAACGUAAAGACAAAGAUAAAAUUGAGCAGGUUUCGGCAUUAGCUAGGAAAGUGGAAGAAGAGGCUAAGAAGAGAAAGUCUAAGUGGGAUCAACCGGCUGCUAAACCAACUGCGCCACCUACUUUAACCACCACAGUAACUGGCACUAAAGGAACGGUUCCAAUAUGCAAAUAUUUGGCAAUAGUCUCGAGUCGUGUGUGGCCAAUGAUAAAGUACGUGGUGUUUGUUCAGAGAACGGUUCUCGUAAUUCGAUUGCUUCUUUAUUUCAAGGGGGAGUAGUUACAGAUCCACUCAAAUUCCAUGAUGACGUACAAUCCUGUGAAAGCUUAUCUUCCAAUACACCGGUAGAGAGUGGAGGCAAGACACGUUCGGAAACGAGUUCAGUGAGCAAUUACUUUGGUAAUAUUGGUAAAUGUGCAUCGAUAAAAAAAUCGCGCAGUCAAACAGAUAUGCGUCGUAAAAGUCAGGAAUUGGAGAAGAAUACCACGCAAUACAGCGAGAAUCAUGUCAACGAACAAUGCGGUCUUGCAAAGCCAGAAUCAAUAGUAGCGAAGUCUCGUGCCUUACUUAUUUAGAGAAGAAUGGGCUCCAUUCAGUCAGAUUAUUUCGUGUAAGCGCAUCCAAAAGACGAGUAAAGCAAGUAAGCGCAAAUGUAUUUCCUAGUUCAUUUGUGUCUAAUAACUAUCUCGUCAAAUUCCGUCCAGAUGCGUGACGAGUUGAAAAAAACUGGGAAAAAAAGUUUGGAUGACAGUACCAGUCCCCCAUUUUCAAUUUAUAAACAACCGCUUGGUUGCGCCGCGGUUUUUUCAAUUUAUAAACAAAAAUGUAGUUGUGCAAUACCAUGAUCAGCUGUUUUCCCAAGAAAAAAUAUUAAAUUAUUUAGGAAAAGAUGUAAAAAAUUUGAAAAAAAAAUUUUAUUUUUUCAGUUUUCAAGAACGCCUGGUAAUUAUACAACAACAAUAGGAAUGGAAGUAAUGGUUGGCUCCUUGGUAAGCAGCAAGAUAAUGUGAAGCGCUAUGUAACUGUAUUAAUCAAAAUCUUUCAGGUGGUAGCGGAUACCCUUUGGAACCAUGAUUAAUGCCGCCGUAUAAAAAUGCAGUCGACCCAACUAAAAAGAAAUAUAAUGACAUUCAUUCCCAGGCCAGAAGCAUUGUGAACAGAUGUAUCGAUUUAUAUAAAUAUAAUAUAUAAUAUAAAUAUAAUCUAUAAGCUAAGUCUCUAUUCAAUUUCUAAGGUCGUUGGCGCAUUUUCAUGGAAGAUCGGAAGAGCAGGUACAAUGCGCUAAAAAUGGGCAAAUUCGCAACCGUUUGCGCGGCACUCCACAACAAUGCGGUCUUGCAAAGCAAUAUUUGCAUACACUAUAAAGUGAAAGAUUUCGAAAUUGGGGAUUUCAUUUCUUCAGCACCGGAACUGAUUGGGAUGACGACGUCGAGGUUACGGUAGUUUCCGGCCAAUUGAUUCGAAUAAGCGAAGAAACCAGAAAUGGUGUAACCUCUACCGGUGCUAUUGAUACUGAUUGGGAUCGUAUUGACUACGAUGGAAGCUAUUUUUUCGACUCUGACAAAAGCUGCAACUUGUUCUAUAAAAAUGAACAAAAGCUCAAAAAAAUUUUCCCCGCAAUGGUGUAAAAAAGCCAUCGAUGCGAGAUUAAGC